AACGCACCCUAUUACUUACACAGCCGGUACAAACAUAGCCACUGCUAGGUAAGCAGUGAUUAGGCAGGACUAGCACUUUGUAGUCUUUUAGUCGGUUUUGGAGCAGAAGGGGGUUAUUGAAUAGAUCUGACCUCAUCUUCCAACUACAGACACCCCCUUUCAGAGGGGAACAAAUGCCUCAGACCAUUAGAGCGAUGAAACUGAGGAGAAGCAGCCGGACCACCAAACACAGGGGGUUAUGGAACCCCGUUCACUGAACCUGAGCCUCGCCUCGCCGUCUCACACGGAAGUGCUACUGCAGCCCUAGGGCGAUGUUUUGGAAACUUGGCUCUGUUCUGCUGCGUGGCGUGCUGCGUGUAUUGUAAAUACAGAAUACACUAAAGCGACUCAGAAUAGGGUACACAAAGAGCCCACACUUGAUAUAAACCUAAUGUACUUUUUAAUAAGAAGGGUAUUAUCGCCACGGUUUGUAAAGACAUAUAUGUCGCAUGCACGGCCCCUGCCCUGAGAACGCUGUUUUUUAUUAACUGAGUAAUUUUGAGACUACCCCUGACGCAAACCGGAAUUACCCAAUCAGCGUUGUUUAGUUUUUGUUCCGGGAUUUCUGAUGAUGUGGCUUCUGUCCUUGAUUCCUGGAGAAAAAUAAUUAUUUGAAACUACGGAGCAAACAUACAGAGCGGCGAUGCUGAGCCGACUGUCCGGCCUGGCCAAGGGUGUGAACUCUGUCCUGCAGGAGCUGUCGGGGGACGGAGAGGAGCCGCCUGAGCAUGAAUCUGAGGAGGGGGCGCUGGCACAGGCUCCCCCAGCCCCGCAGGCUCUGGAGGGGGAGGAUGCUCUGGAGCGUCUGGCUCAGACCGAGCAGCUGGUGGUCCACCUGAAGGAGCUGAUCAGAGAGAGAGAUGCCAAGCUGCAGCAGAGCGAGGCCAGGCUCAAGGAGGAGAGGGAGGCAGCAGAUGCCAAGCUGUCCAAGCUGAAGCUCCAAGCCAAAGCCAAGGUGGUGUCACUCAACAAGCAGAUCGAGGAGCUGAAGAAGACGACACCAGGCAGCGAGCAAGGAGCGGCAGGGAGAGAGGCGAGCCCCAAUGUGAGCCUCACUGUGGACCAGGGCCUGGAGGAGGAAGUGGAGCAGCUGAGGCUUCGCCUCCAGGAGGAAGCGACAAGCGCGAGGUCCCUGCAGGAGACCGUGCAGCGCCUGCAGGAGGAGCUGCGGGUGUCCGAGGAGUGCCUGCGUGAAAGCGAGGCGCGGCACAGUGAGCAGGUGCGCGCCCUGCAGGAGGUGGUCCAGGAGAAGGACAUGCGUUUCCAGGAGCAGGUGCAGCGCCAUGAGGAGGAGCUGGUGAGGGUGGCAUCGCAGCCAGAGCCUGAGCAGCAGCAGCUGCUGAAGUCCCUGCGGAGGAAGGCGGAGGAGAUGGAGGAGGCUCUUCACGCCCGCUCCCAGGUGGUGGAGAUGCUGCAGCAGGAGCUGAACAGCGCUGACCAGCAGAAGCAGAUCCUCACGGAGCAGUUUCGUCGGAUGGAGGCUGAGCUAGUGGAGUCCCAGAGGCAGAUAGAAGAGGAGGGGCAGCGCUGGCGGGAUGAGGCUGCGGAGAGAGAGGCAGAGCUGGCAGCACUCAGGGAGGCAGCAGGGAGGCUGGAGCAGGAGAGGCUGGGAGCAGAGCAGAUGGAAGCAGGGGAGAGCAGCCAGGCUGAGCAGGAGAAACGUGAGGCCGAGGCUCGGGAGAGGCAGGAGGCAGAGGACAGAGAGGUGCAGAGGCGGCUGGAGGAUCUCUCUGGCCUGUGGGGGGCGCUCUGGUCUCUUAUGGAACGUCUGCCGGGCAGAGAGGAGCAUGAGGAGCCCUCCCCUCUGCCCCCGGACCCUGUCAGGACCAUCCCUGCGCUGCAGGCAGUGCUGCAGGCUCUGGAGGGGAGGCUGGACCUGCUCAGCACACAGAACCAGGAGAAGGAAGCUCGCUGCACAGAGCUCUCACACAGGCUAGAGCAGCUGCAGGGGGAGCUGCAGAGCAGAGCUGUGGUGGGAGAGCCGCAGAGACUGAGGGAGGAGGAGUCCUCCGCACAGAUCAGAGAGCUGGAGCAGCAACUCAACACACUGCAGGAAGUGGAGAUGGUGUCUCUGCGGAACAGACUGGUGGAGUUAGAGGAGGAGAAGGGCUCCCUGCAGCUGCACGUGGUCGACUUCGAGGAUCUGAGAGCUGAGAACGAGUCGCUGCGCUCUGUGCUUGAUAGACUGAAGGAAGCUGGCGAGUGUGAAGAGAAGAAGUCAUCUGAGAUUCCGGAACUGUUACCAGGAGACGAAGGGGCGGACCCCAACACUCAGGCCCAGACCCCGCCCCCUGGAGCCCAAGCUGCUGAAGAUAGAGUAGAAGGAGAGAGCAUUCCAAAGAGUGAAGAGGGAACAGACUCUCCAGCGGAGGCAGUGACUGCGUCCGAUGCAGGCAAGGACAGUGAAGUUGAAUCCAGCCUUAAAGAUGUUGAAGAGGACACUGUUUCUGUCCUGAAACAGGCGAUUGGAGACAGAGAUGAGCAGCUGUCCUCUCUCUGUGCCAAGCUGUCCGCAGCGGAGGCGAGAACGAGGCAGCUGGAGAAGCUGCUGGAGCAGACCGGAGCCUCGGGGGGAGCGGAGAGCCAUGAAGACCAGGAGAAGACAGAGAGCAGAUCCCAGUCCCUCAUGGAGCUACCACAAGAGCAGCAGAGCACCUAUACAGUGAUAGAAAGCAGCAGACUGCUUGUUGAGGCAUCAGAGGAGGAGGUGGCUGAACAGAUGAACAGCUCCAGAACCCUCCGAGAGAUUUCUCCACAGGAGGAUGGCUCUGAGCAGGGGACUGCUGCAGUGAAUGAGAGUAGCUCCGAAACCCUCAUUGAGUUAUCGUCAGAGGCAAGUUCAGAGCAGAGGAUAUCUACAGUGGUGCACGUGGAAGAGACCUCUAGCUCUGUGGAGCACACAAGUACUUCCAUUGUCACUGUAGAACGGGCCGUUCAUCACACCGACCAACAGGAAUUAACACUGGAGAUCAGGGAGGAUGGGUCAAGCCUCCAGGAUAGCUCGGCCACUCGUAACCAAGAAAUGGAAAAGCUGCGAGCCCACGUUCAGGAGCUGCAACAGCAGUGCAAAGAAGUGGAAACUCUGCUCAAGGGCCAGCUUGAACAGAAAGAUGCUGAACUCCGCAGCGUGAAUGCAGUGGUCUCGGAAAGCCAGAGGGAGAUGGAAGAGUCUCAGGAAACAGUCCGAACCUUUGAGGUAGAAAAUAAAGAGCUUUGGGUUCGGAUCCAAGAGCAAACUGCAAAACUCGCUGAGAUCGAGGAAACACUGAAGACCGUGAAGGAAGAGCUGGCAGAGGCAACACACCUGAGGACCACUGAACUGGAGAGCAGGAGCAUGGAGAAGGGCGUGCUGCAGGAACAGCUGCGGAGCCUGGAGAAUGAGUCCCGAUCAAAAGACCAGAAGAUCCAGGCAUUACAGAACGAUAUGGACCAAGUCCAGCACUCGCUGUCUGAGCAGGAAACGGUGUCUAAGAGCUUGAAGAGCCAGCUGGAGGAAAAGGAGCACUUUACAGCCGAUCUGGAGCGAAGGAUGAAGGAAAUAGAGACCAGUGCCGAGGAGCUCUCCCAGAAGACUGCCUCCAAAGAACAAGAGGUGGCAGAACUGGAGCAAGUCCUGUCUGAGAGGUCGGCCGAGAUGAGUAACCUCCAGCAGCUUCUUACCGAGAAGGACCAGGAGAUGGCUGAGGUGAGCAUCAGCAUGGCUGCUAAGAUGGUCCAAGUCAGCGAGGAGAAGUUUGCACUGAGCAAUGAGCUCAAAAAACUAAAAGGACAGCUGGGGGAAAUGGAGAAAGCAGAGGAGGGCAAAGGGGAAGGAGGAGGGCAGGAGGUUGCUGCAGAGGUUGAAGGCCAAUCCUCUGGUGAAGACACCCGUGGGCUGCUGUCGAAGGAAGAGCUGGAGACCUUGCUGAAAGAGAAAGAGGAUCUGGUAGGUCAGGUCAAUGGGAUGAAGAAAGAAAACGAACAUGUGAAGAGGAAGCUCCAGGCAGCCUUGGUCCAAAGAAAAGAGCUCACAAAGAAGAUUCAAGACCUGGAGAAGAAUAUGAAGACACAGGAGUUAGAGAGCCCUGCAGGGUCAGGAACUGAUGUCUCAGUGAAAAAGGAUGAAGACAAACUGGAGAGCCAGAAGAACAUACAGGAGCUGCUGUCGGAGAAGGAGGCAGAGCUGCAGAACGUCACAAAGGAGAAAGAGGACAAGGAGAAGGCAUUAGCUGAGCUAGAGAUCCUGAUGUCAGAUAUGAAACGGGCCUUGAUAGAAAAGGCUGAGCUUGUAGAGUUGCUAGAAGAGAAAAUUACCCAUCAAGAAACUGUUCUUGCUGAGAUAGAGAAAAAAGAGGAGCAAAACAAGGCAAACCGCAGUGACAGCACUGAGGAUCCAGACACCAAGGGACACACUGCCCAGUCAACGGAGGACUUUGGAAAACAAGAGAAAGCUGAGAUGGGGUCUCGGCUCUCCACCAUGGAACAGGAGAGGGAGGCCCUGCAGAGGAAACUUCAGGAGGCCCUGGCAUCCCGUAAAGACACCAUUAAAAAAGCUAAGGAGAAGGACCGGCACCACCGUGAGCAGAUGAAGCAGCAGAAGGAGGAUUUCAAUGCCCUAGUAGAGCGUCUCGAUGAGCAGAGCAAGGAGAAAGAGGACCUGCUACAGAGGCUGGGGAGCCUCCAGGAACAGACAAGUGCUGGUGGAGAGGCAGGAGAUGGCAAAGUAAUGGACAGUAAAGAGAAGGCUCAACCAGAAAGGGAAGAGGCUGGAGGAUGGGGCCAUGAAUGGAUAGACUUUUCCAGUGCAGGGACUGAACAGACCGUGGCUGUAGAGCCUCCUCGGGCAAAGGCAGAGGAGGAGAUGGCAGAAGUUCUUGAGAGCCUGAGGCAGGAAUACCAGAAAGAACAGGCUGCCAGACAGGAGCUGGAGUCCCAGCUCCGACAGUCUGAAGCCUGCCUGGCAGAGAAAGAGGCAGAGCUCUCCAGGCUGCUGGAGGACAUACAGAGCCUGCAGGGCAAGGAGAAACAGAUUGACACCCUGUCCGCCGAGAUGGAAACAGUGAAGAUGAAGUGCCAGCAGGCCGAAGUGUACGCAGAGACCCUGAAGGCAGAGAUGGAGGCUGUCAGGGCUGAGACAUCCAUAUCAGAGCUUCAGGUGGAGGUAGAGGAGUUCAAGAGGUUCCUGAGCCAGAAGAACGAAGAGAUCUCAGAGCUCAGCCAGCAGCUGAGUGAGCAGAACAGCAUCCUCAAGCUCAUGCAGGAAACCGUCUCCGAGAAGGACCAGCUGAUCCGCAGCUUGAGGGAACAGCUGGAGAAGGAGGAGGAGCGGAGCAAGAGCCUCCAGGCUGAGGUCCCCGUGAAGCAGGAGGAAGACUCUCGGCAGCAGCAGCUCCAGCGUAAGCUUCAGGCAGCUCUUAUCUCCAGAAAGGAGGUCCUCAAAGAGAGCAAAUCGCUGAAGGAAGAGCUCACUGCCGCCAACACAGCCAAGGCUGAGCUGAACCAGAGGGUAGCUGUCCUGGAGGAGGGUCUGGCUGAGCUGGCGGAGACCAGGACCACAGUGGACAAGCUGAAGGAAGAGAGGCAGAAGCUGAUCGAGGAGGUGGACUGUGCCUUGCUAGAGAACCAGAGUCUGGGGGCCUCCUGCGAGAGCCUCAAGCUGGCCAUGGAGGGUGUCUUGCAGGAGAAGGAUGGUGUGGACCGGGAGAUGACCUUACUGCGAGCCCAGGCAGAGGAGGAGGCUGCACGGUGGAGUGAGAAAGUGAAGGGGCUGCAGGAGGAGUACGAGACGCUGCUCAAGUCCUACGAGAACGUGAGCGAUGAGGCUGAGCGCACGAGGCGCGUGCUGGAGGCCGCCCGGCAGGAAAGGCAGGAGCUGCUGGGCAAGGUGAGGGUCAAGGAGACUGAGAAGAAAGAGGUGGAAGAGCAGCUGCAGGAGGCCAGGCAGGCGGUGGAAGGGAUGAAGGAUAAGAUGAGGAAGUUCGCCAAAUCAAAGCAGCAGAAGAUCAUGGAGCUGGAGGAAGAGAUCGAAAGGCUGCAGUCUGAAAUUCAUCCUGCAGAAAAGGAGGGAAGAAGGGACAGGCAACAAGAGCAGGAGGAGCAGGCUGAGCUCCAGAGAGCCAGGGAGGAAUUAGUUAAGCUAAACGCUGAGCUGGAGGCCACCAGGACCCAAAGGGACUUGCUGGAACGAGAGGCUGCAGAUUUUAAGCAGCGUCUGGAAGAGAAAGAGAAAGCAGAGCAAGCACUGGCACCUCUUGUAGAGGAGGCUCCUAUAGCUGCAGUUGCCCUCCCGAGUGGGAAUUUGGCUUCAGAACCACCUGGUAAUGAAUCUCGUGGCAGUCCACAGGAAGCGGACAACGUCCCCAUACAACAGGUCCAAACACAAACCCAGGUUCUUCAGGAAAUCCCUAUAGAAGAAAAGGCGCCUAUGGACGAAACAGAGUCCUUAAUGCCAAAUGACACCAUUGCAUGUCUGAAACAGGGCAUGCAGACCUUGCAGGAGGAGUUGGAGCGAGUGAAGGCUGCCAGAGAAACUUUGAAGGAGGAGAAAACCUCACUAGAGGAGCGUCUGCAGCACGCCCAGGAGAAAGACGAGCUCCUGCAGCGUUUGCUAUGGGAGAGGGAGGCAGAGCUGCGGGAGGCUGAAAGGCGCAGGGACUGUAUGGAGGCGGAGAAGGAUGACCUGGAGGAGAAGCUGAUGAACCAGCUGGCUGAGCUGAACGGCAGCAUCGCCAACUACCAGCAGGAGGCGGCAGAGAGUCGGGACAGGAUCCGGGCACUGGAAGCCGAGGGCGCAAGGCUGAAGGAGAGGGAGUGCAAACUAGAGAGAGAGAAGGCAGCGGCUGGGGAGAAGUGCCAGGAGGCAGAAUCGGUGGCAGAGAGAGAGAGCAGGAGGGCGGCCGAACUGGAGGAAGAGAAGAGACAAGCUCAGAGGGAGAAGGCCGAGUUAGAGGCUGGGAAGAGGAGGGAGUUCGAGGAGAGGCUGAAGUCGGCGCAGCGAGGCAAAGAAGGCAGCCAGAACUACGCCCGUCAGCUGCAGGAGCUCCUCCGGGAGAAACAGGCCGAGGUGCGGCAGAUGCAGCAGGACUGUAUCAGCUACCAGGAGAGCAUCAGCAGCCAGGAGAAGGGAGCCAAGGCGCUGGAGAUCGCGAGAGACGAGACCCGUCGGGACCUGGAGACAGCCAGGGCCGAGCUGGCAAAGGCCGGGGAGGAAAGGCAGAAAGUGGAGGCUGAGCUCCUGUCUUGCAAGGUCCGCCUGGAUGACGUGCAGAGCGGGGCUGCCAAGGCACUGGCUGAGAAAGAGAAGUUGAGCAGAGAGCUGAGAGCCUGGGAGGAGAGGGCAAAGGAGAAAGAGAGGGAGGCAGAGAGCGAGACGGAGCGCAGGGUGGGGGCUGAGAAGGAAAGACACAGACAGGAGCUGAGGCAGGCGGAGGAGAAGCUGGAGGCUGUGAGGAGGGAGAAGGAGAGGGAGGAGACCGCAGCCCGGGAAGUGAAGGCUGCCUUGGAUACUCGAGAGGGCCAGGCCAGGCAGCUGCAAGCCCGGCUGGAUGAGAGCUUGGCUCGGCUGGCAGCGUUCACCCGCUCCAUGUCGUCACUGCAGGACGACCGGGACCGCGUGAUGGACGAGGCCCGGCAGUGGGAGAGCCGCUUCCACAGUGCCCUACAGGGGAAGGAGAAGGAAGUGCAGGACCGGGAGCUGCAGUGCCGCACGCUCACAGAGCAGCUGCAGCAGAACUCCAAUCUCCGGGAGGAGCUGCAGGCCAAGCUGGACAGGCUGGAGAGCAGCGUGUCGGACUGGGAGUCCCGUUUCGGCGCUGCUGUGGAGAGCCACAAGCAGGCCCAGGACAGCCUGCAGGGGGAGACAGGGCGCCUGCGCUCCCUGCUGGAGGACUCCGAGACGGGCCUGGGGGAGGCACAGAGUCAGCUGGCAGACCUGCGGGAGGAGGAGGCAGCCCUUAGGGAGAGAGUCUCUGCGCUGGAGGAGUCUCUCAGGGGGCUGGAGCAGGAGAAGGAGAGCCUGGAGCGAGCCCUCAGAGAGCGAGAGGCAGACCAGCAGCAGCAGCACAUCACCAUCGAGCAGCUGGAGACGGACCUGCGAGCCUCCAAGGAGCUGACCGGCCGGCUGCAGGGAGAGCUAGCAGAGAAGGAGCAGAGGGAGGUGGAGCUCCUCAGCGCCAAAGAGCAGGCGGUGGCCCUGGCCGUGGAGGAGACCCGGGGCCAGCUGGCGGAGGAGGUCGAGCAGCUGGAGGGCAAGCUGAGGGCCGUGGAGAGGGAGGCCAGUGAGAAGCGGGGUGAGGCGGAGGAGCUGAGAGAGAGAGCCACCGGCGCGCUGGAGGAGAGCGUCCGCUGCCGAGCCCAGCUGGAGGCCUUCGCUGGGUCCAUGACCUCCCUGCAGGACGACCGCGACAGAGUCCUGAACCAGUACAGGCAGCUGGAGGAGCGCCACCUGCAGGUCCAGCUGGAGAAGGACGCCCUGAUCCAGGAGGCAGCCGGGGAGAACAACAGGCUGAAGGAGGAGCUGCAGGGGCUGCGGAGCAGGGUGGAUGACCUCCACUCUGAGAACGCCAAGCUGACCGCGCAGCUGCUGCGCUACCGAGAGGAUCUGAACCAGGUGCUCACCAUGAAGGACUCCCAGCAGAGGCAGCUCCUGAAGGCACAGCUGGACAGGAUCGAGGCCCUGGAGAGAGAGAAGGGAGAGGCGGAGAGGCUGGGGAAGGAAGCCAGAGAGGCAGCCCGGGCGCUGGAGCUGGAGAAGCAGGAACUCGGAGAGAAGCUCUGCUCCCUGGAAGAAGCAGGACUGUCCCGACUGAAGGCUGAAUUGGAGGAGCUGAGGGUGGCACGGGAGAAGGUGUCCGCUCUGGAGGGAGAGCUGAGGGGCGAGAGGGAGCAGGCCGAGGAGAAGGUGCGGGCCUGUGUGGAGAGGGAGCUGAGGGAGCUGCGGCAGGACACCGGCAUCCUGAGGAAUGAGGCAGAGACGGCAGGGGAGAGGGUGGCCGAGCUGGCGAGGGACCUGGUGGAGAUGGAGCAGAGGCUGCUCGCCGCCGUGGAGGAGGGCAAGGAGCUGCGAGCCCAGAACGAGGCCUUCGGGAAAGCCAUGGACUCCCUGCAGAGCAGCCGGGACGAGGCUCUGAGCCAGCUGGAGAGGGAGCAAGCUGAAAAGGGGAGCCUGAGAGCAGAGGUGGAGAAGCUCCGGGAGACACCCCAGGACUCCAGACAGCCAGGAGAGCAGCAGCAGGAACAGGAGGAGACCAGGCUGAGAUCGGAGCUGGAAGGGGCCCAGGCUCAGCUAGACUCCCUCUCCAAGGCCGUAGCCAGCCUGCAGGAGGAGAGGGACCGUCUAGCGACGGAGCUGACGCAAUCUAGUAAGGUGCAGGAGAGCAAACAAGGAUCACCAGUGCCCCCUGCUGUCUCCCAAGAGGAGGUGCACAGCCUGAGGAGUGCACUGUCUGCACUGCAGCGCGACAGGGAGAGGCUGCUGCAGGAGCUGAAGAAGCUGCAGGAUCAGUAUGUGCAGAUGGGUGAGAAGACGGGCGAGCUGGGCCGGCUGCGGGAGGAGCUGGCAGAGGAGCGGAGGAGAGGGCAGGAGUUCCAGGAGCGCCAGGAGCAGCUCCAGAGCCAGGGACAGGAACAGGAACAGCAGCUCCACUCACUCAGGCUGGAGCAGGAAGGCUGGCAGUCCCAGGCUCAGUGUCUGAAGGAGCAGUACCUCAACGCCCUGGCUGACAAGGACCAGCAGCUGGAGGACAUGAGGAGGCUGCUGCAGGAGAGCCGGGGGACGCUCGCAGUGACCGGAGCCAGGCUCAUCCAGGAGGAGCAGUAUCAGAGAGAGGCUUCUUCCAGGCCAGCCCUCUCCAGCGAGGCCCCAGCCGAGGAGCUGCAGGUCUUUCGGAUGGAGAGUGGGCAGCUGAAAGGCCAGCUUGAGGACAGCCUGAAGCAGCUCCACCAGAAAGAGCACCGCAUUCAGCAGCUCAGUAACAAGCUCUCACAGCUGUUUGAAGAGAAGACCUCUCUCUCAGCCCAGCUGCGUGGGAGCAGCCAGAGCCUUCGGGACUACCAGCUGAGACUGAGUGAGGUGCAGAGCCGCUGCAGCGCCCUCCAGAGCCAGUUGCAGGAACUACAGGACGACAAGAGCAAGAACUCCCCCGAGAUGGACACAGCCCCCGGAGCCCCACAGGAGAAGAGCCCGGCCGAGCGCAAGGUCUACCAGACUGACAUGGAGGAGCUGCAGCACAGGCUGGGGGCAGCGGAAGCUCAGUGGGGCCGCGCCCGACAGGAGCUGCUCCAGUUGGAGGGGAGGCUGUCGGAGGAGCAGGACAGGCGCCUGGCUGCGGAGGAGGCCCUGUCCACAGCUGAGGAGAAAGUGAAACGCUUUGAGACGAGCGAGUGGUGUUCUGGGCAGGACCAGGACCCCCAUGAACAUGCCCUUCUCAUCGAGCCUGACGAAGUGUCGCUUUCCAGGACUCGCAGCGCUGGCGGUCCGGGAGUGAAGCGGUUCCUGCGCUCGCUGUUCUGCUCGCGGCGCCGCACCCCCCUGCUGGCCGCGCUGUACCUGCUCACUGUGCACGCCCUGCUGCUGCUCUGCCUGUCCGGCCACCUCUGAGUCAGACAGAGAGGGGGCGGGGCUUCACCAGGACUCCAGCACUGACACCGCACAGGAGAAACAGUGGGGUAACUGUGCCAGGUCUAAAUCAAGAGAAGUCUGGCUGUUUCACUUUAUAAAGCUUGAAAAGGGAAUCUUAUAAUAAUAAUAAUGUGUGAAUGAACCGUCAGCACCGAGUCUUUGUGUUGUCAAACUGCUGUUGCUAGAGAAGAGAUUAAUACAUUCAUAAAUAAAUAGAUAAAUAAAUACGAUUCUGGGCGGGUUUCACCGCAGCGCCCGAGACGAGAACAUCCUGACUGUACGGAGCAGACCAAAAAACUAUUAAAAAUAAAAGAAGCACAAAAUCAGGCAUGCAGUCCUAUUGAGACGGCAUCAAUGCAUGUUAAAGGUGUGAGUGAGGAGGGCAGCGCAGUUACUGUUUUACAUUUGUAAUGAGUGUAUGAACCCAAAUGCUGCUAGAAGAUGUAACUGCAGUGUUAAUGUGAGUGCUCGUAGUUUUGUUGUAAGUGUGUCUGUUCAGUGUUCUUGUCUGCAGCGCACCUUCAGAAAGUCUUCCAGCAGGUUCCAGGUUAUGACUUCCACCUCGCCCGCUGCUCUGUUUCAUGAACCAAUAAAAUGCUAAACCACCCUUUAGAGUCUGGAGGUGCACACAAACACUGUGCGUCCACGUCAUGAACAUGGCUGAUAGAGUCAGCCCUCCUGCAGUAAGUGCAAGAGUGUUUAUAGAUCCACACCUACCCUAGACUUUAUCCCAGGACCUCCCAGUGUCUGCCUGGGUUCUGUGGCUGCUGAGCUCACUGGCAGUGCUGGGAGAUUGGACCCAAGUCACCUGGCAGCCCCUCCAUGUGCUGUGCUGUGAAGGACAGGGUGAGCAGCAUUCUUCACUAUGAGAGGCUCAAACAGUUGUGCUGGUGUGUGGAAGUCAGGGAGUCCGAGUUAGUCCAGGGCUCCAGCAGAAGUAGCUCACAUGUGGGUUUCUGUUUUCAGAUCUGUCUUUCUUUAGAGGGGCUCUUUCACGGGGGGUGAAGGGACGGGGUCUCGGGAUUUGUUUUAUUAUUUUGUUUAAUCUCUUUCUUCCUGUUGAUGUUCCUGUAAUGUUUAAUUGUGUGAAAGGAAAUGUGUUCAUUUCAUCACAGCGACACCAUUCCGGUAGAUGUUUAGCUGCUUUUUAAUAUUAUUAUUAUUAUUAUUAUUAUUAUUAUUAUUUUUUUUUUUUUUGGGAGACAUGUUAUUCUUUAAAUUGUCCGAUUAUUUUUUCGUGUAAACUUGAAGAUUUAUUUGAAGUAAAGUGCGCUGCCCGAAGUCCUCCAGGCUCCCAUAAUGCCGUGCUUUAAGCCUGAUUGGUUCCUUGUGGUGGCCACAGCUCCAGCCAUGUCUUCUCAUACCAAGCUGUGCACAUCAGGAGUCCUGUCCAUGGUUUUCAAGUGCAUUGUCUGGAUUUGCGUUGCUGUGUGGAUCCCCGCUGUCACUCAGCCUGCCUGGAGUCCUUUACUGGGACAUUUGAAUGAAAUAGAUUUAGUACCUUGCUAUGACAGAGGUCCGAUACACAUGUAGAUGAAUGUGAAAUGUCAUUGCUAUGUCAUUUGGUAGUUAAGUUUAAUAGUGACCAUGAUUUCUGUAUUAUACCUUUGUUUCCACUACCCUGUCUCUGUUUCCACCAUGUAUAACUUCCCUGUCGUCCCAUUCUGGGGAUUGGCUGCUUUAACUUUUAACUUUAUUUUUAAAUAAAAAUGACUAUUUAUGGGCUUG